UCAACUUUGACAAGAACUUUGCGAAUGCGUGAAAGUGUUUUGGGAAAUUUUUCGUUCGUAUGGAAUAAAAAUGACGUAUUUAAGCAACAAGGUCCGCGCGUUUUUGGAGAGCGCUGACGAUCAGCCGGCUGUAACCAGUACCCGAUCGGAGGGUAGAAUGAAGAGUUAUACUUCUACUAACGAUUUGCGAGCUUGGAGUCAGGCGUCGGAAGAUAGAAGGCAGCACAUUCUCGAAUACGAAGCCAAAUGUAAACCGGAUCGUAAGAACCCGUCAGUUUUCCAAACAGAAGCGUUAUUGAAAUUACUGGAAGACAACAAAAAGAAUGAGCUCGAUAAAAUCAAUAAAAAACUGCAAUAUCUUGAAGGUAUAAUACAAGCAUUCGAAACCUGCCUGACUGAUGAACAAAAGGAGAAAAUUAAGCAACAAAAAAAUGCGCUUGCCCUUAAUUACGGUAUAAUUUCGGAAAAUAUCCUUCAUAACAAAGUCUUGAAAGAUGUUGGUAUUGGCAAACAAAGCAUAACUGAUAUUGAACAUCAACAAAAUGAUAAAAUACCUUUUUCAUUUGCCGAAAAGUUGCUAGAAUUGAACUCCAUCAUUAAAGAAAGAUUUGCAACACAAUCCAUCCAGAAGAACAACGAAUUAACGGAAAAUUUAAGUCGUACAGACCAAUCGACUACCGAGAAAAAUGUAAUUUCCCAUCAAAACACCGCGCGGAAAUCUCUCGAUGAACUGUUUGACAAAUCCUCAAAGUUACAAGAAUCAGAAAGCGAAAUACUGGAGUCUAAGUUACCUCAAUUAACAAUAACCACCGAACAGUCCCGUUCUGCCCAAGAUGUACACCAGAUCUACCAAAAAUCUAACGUUGAAGUGACCUUCAAGAAAACACCAACAACAAACUCCGCCGAGAAGAAAACCCAGCCUCAUCGUUUCUUGCUCGAACAAGAAACAUCCCCUCGAGAUGACUCCGUUAGAAACGACCUCAUACACAGUACAAAAAAUAACAUUACCAUAUCGCUCAUCAGGAACGUUAAGUACUCGUCAGACGUGUCACUGCGCAGGAAUGAGGAUUUUAUCGAAACGAGCCACGACAAUUCCAUUAUUCCCUGUUUCUGCCACGUGACGACCUGCUUCAGGUGCAGCAGAGCAGUCCAAUCCACCUCAGAAAAGUCCAUCUCGAUUAUGUGCCAGUACAUGGACAACAGGGGAUAUGGUGCAUACUUCAACUGAAGUCCUUGCUAGUGUAAUGCUUAAAUAUCCACAUUAAAAUUUAAC